AUGUCCGCCAGCAACGAUGUCUACCAGACCCCCUCAACUCGCGCUAUGCGAAUGAAGUAUCUGUUCUCGCCUCGCAUGCGGUUCUCAACAUGGCGCAAGCUGUGGAUCUGGCUCGCAGAGUCCCAGAAGGAGCUUGGACUGCCUAUCACCGACGAUGCAAUCGAGCAGAUGAAGGCUCAUGCCACUAUCCAGGACGACGAGUUCAAGGUUGCCGCCGAGGAGGAGAAGCGCCGCCGCCACGAUGUCAUGGCCCACGUCCACGCUUUCGGCCAGGUCGCCCCAGCCGCCGCUGGUAUCAUCCACUGGGGUGCCACUUCGUGCUACUGCACUGAUAAUGCCGACCUCAUCCUGCUCCGGGACGGUCUCGACAUUCUUAUCCCCAAGCUGGCCGUCGUCGUCGACAAGCUGUCCCAGUUCGCCCAGCAGUACAAGGACCUGCCCUGCCUGGGUUUCACCCACGGUCAGCCCGCCCAGCUGGUUACCGUUGGCAAGCGUGCUUGUCUGUGGAUCCAGGAUCUGCUGAUGGAUCUGCGCAACCUCGAGCGCGCUCGCGAUGACCUGCGAUUCCGUGGUGUCAAGGGCACCACUGGUACCCAGGCCUCUUUCCUGCAGAUCUUCGAGGGCGACCACGCCAAGGUUGAGAAGCUGGAUGAGCUUGUCACCGAGAAGGCUGGCUUCAGCUCCGCCUUCAUCAUCUCCUCGCAGACCUACUCGCGUAAGAUCGAUGUCGACGUCGGCAAUGCUCUUGGCUCCUUCGGCUCUACCUGCGAGCGCAUUGGUAUUGACAUCCGUCACCUGGCCAUGCUCAAGGAGGUUGAGGAGCCUUUCGAGAAGGAUCAGAUUGGUAGCAGUGCCAUGGCUUACAAACGUAACCCCAUGCGCUCGGAGCGUCUGUGCUCGCUGGGACGUCACCUCCAAAACCUGCCUAAGGAUUGUCUGGACACCUACUCCGCUCAGUGGUUUGAGCGCUCGCUGGACGACAGCGCCAUCCGCCGUAUCAGUAUUCCCGAGCUCUACCUGACCGCUGAUGCCUGUCUCAUCCUGCUGAACAAUGUCAGCUCCGGCUUUGUCGUCUACCCCGAAGUUAUCAAGCGCCACGUCAACGAUGAGCUUCCCUUUAUGGCGACUGAGAAUAUUAUCAUGGCCUGCGUGAAGAAGGGUCUCUCCCGUCAGGACGCCCACGAGGAGAUUCGUGUCCUCUCCCACCAAGCCGCCGACAAUGUCAAGAAGCACGGUAAAGACAACGACCUGCUCGACCGCAUCCGCCGCACCGCCUUCUUCAACCCCAUCCUUCCUGAGCUGGACAGCCUCCUCGACGCCUCCACCUUCGUCGGCCGUGCUCCCCAGCAGGUCGAGAAGUUCACCACCACCGAGGUUGUUGCCGCCAUUAAGCCGUACGCCUCGCACAUUGCCAAGGGCGAAACCUCUGCCCUGCACGUUUAA